AGACGGAGGCGGGAAGUUGAGAAAUAACGUCUACGGCCUCUGAAAAUCGAGCAGCCCCAAGUGGUCGGACCCACCCCCUAAGUUAUUGCACUAUGGCGCCCUCUGAGCCGAGCGGAGCCGGGGCUACCGGCGGAUAAGGGGCGGGGCCCGCGCCCCGCCGACCGCAGCCCCGCAGGGUCAGACCUUCCGCCCAGACGCCGCGGGUGCCCCGUGGGGAGGGGAAGGGCCCGACCCCCGCCCAGCGCGCACGCGCCGCGCCUCUCAGCUGCCCGCCGGCGCCCCGCACCCCCUCAGGAAGUGCGGGCCUCAGUGGAGCGCGGAGGAACUGCCGGAGGUGGGGGAGAGAGGAGUGCGGAGAGGCGACGGCUAGGGGUGCUGGGGUUCCUGUCAUGUGACCCCUCCCCUCGGCUCUCUCGCAGCCCCGCCGGGAGUGGCGGGAGCCAGUCGGAGGACGGUCUCCUCCGGGGACUUGGUCCCUUGUCCCCAGGAUUCCUUCUCUUCAUUACUGGCCAUGCCAAGGCCAAGACCGUGAGACUCACUCAACAGCCACCCCACAUCCCCUCCCAGGAGGGGGAGCGUUACAACCCCAACUUCAACCCCAUCACAGAGAUGCUGAGACAGUGGUCGGUGCAGGCCCCAGGGGAGCCAGAACCUGAGCCGACGGGCGAGGAGCUAUGGGAGCAGGAGAUGGAGCGGCUGUGCUCCUCCCAGGAACCUGUGCGGGUGCUGCCCUAUGCCAUGGUGGACAAGCGCUUCAUCCGGCAGCUGCGGGAGCCCGAAGGGGUGAAGACCUCGUGCUGGCAGCAGUGGCGUCACAGGCAGCAGACUGCACGACGGCGCCUGGGGGAGGCAGCACGGCGGCUGGCCCGGGGCUGUGGGCUCUGGGAGGGGGCUCUCUACGAGAUCGGGGGCCUCUUUGGCACCGGAAUCCAGUCCUACUUCACCUUUCUUCGCUUCCUGCUGCUGCUUAACCUGCUGACCCUACUUCUGACCACCAGCUUCGUCCUGCUGCCCCUGACCUGGCUCAGCCCCCCUGACAGAGGACCUGCUCUGAACUUCACCCUCCAGUGUCCUGGUGGCCACCAACCCCAGACUGGUGUUCCCAAGUUCAACAAUCUACUUUGGAAUGUUUUCACCAGCAGGGCCUUCAACAACACCUUUCUCUUUUACGGCACGUACCGAGCGGGGCCUGAGAGCAGCUCAGUAUACAGCAUCCGCCUGGCCUACUUCCUGAGCCCACUGGCCUGCCUGCUCCUCUGCUUCUGUGGGAUUCUACAGCGGAUGGUGAAGGGGCUGCCACAGAAGAUGUUCCUGGGCCAGGACUACAGGUCGCCUCUCAGCGCCAAGGUCUUCUCUUCCUGGGACUUCUGCAUCCAGGGGCAGGAGGCAGCCACCAUCAAGAAGCAUGAGAUCAGCAACGAGUUCAAGGUGGAGCUGGAGGAGGGGCGUCACUUGCUGAUGGUGCAGCAUCAGACCCGGGCUCAGAGGGCCUGCCACCUGCUCACCUAUCUGCGGGUCAACAUCCUCAUCGGGCUCCUGGUGGUUGGGGCCAUCAGUGCUAUCUUCUGGGCCACCAAGUACUCGCAGGACAACAAGGAGGAGUCCCUGUUUCUGCUGCUCCAGUACCUGCCCCCUGGGGUCAUCGCCCUGGUCAACUUUCUGGGUCCCCUGCUGUUUGUUUUCCUGGUCCAGCUGGAAAACUACCCUCCCAACACUGAGGUCAACCUCACCCUUAUCUGGUGUGUGGUGCUGAAGCUGGCCAGCCUGGGAAUGUUCUGCUUCUCGCUGGGCCAGACUGUGCUGUGCAUCGGCAGAAACAAGACCAGCUGUGAGUCCUACGGCUACAACGCAUGUGACUACCAGUGCUGGGAGGACUCGGUGGGGGAGGAGCUGUACAAACUCAGCAUCUUCAACUUCCUCCUCAUGGUGGCCUUCACCUUCCUUGUCAGCCUGCCUAGGAGGCUGCUGGUGGAGCGGUUCUCGGGCCGGUUCUGGGCCUGGCUGGACCGGGAGGAGUUCCUGCUGCCCAAGAACGUGCUGGACAUCGUGGAGGGACAGACGGUCACCUGGAUGGGCCUCUUCUACUGCCCCCUGCUGCCUCUGCUCAACAGCAUCUUCAUCUUCCUCACCUUCUACAUCAAGAAGUACACCCUGCUGAGGAACUGCAGGGCGUCCCCUCGGCCAUUCCGCGCCUCCAGCUCCAUCUUCUUCUUCCAGCUGGUGCUCAUCCUGGGCCUGCUCCUGGCCGCUGCGCCCCUGGGCUAUGUGGUCAGCAGCAUCCGCUCCUCAUGGGACUGUGGCCUCUUCACCAACUACUCAGCCCCCUGGCAGGUGGUCCCAGAGCUGGUGGCCCUCCGGCUCCCACCCCCUAGCCAGCGCAUCCUGCACUACCUGGGCUCCCACGCCUUCCGCUUCCCCCUCCUCAUCCUGCUCAGCCUUGUCCUGACCGUGUGCGUCUCCCAGUCCCAGGCCAGCGCGAGGGCCAUCCGGGGGCUCCGGAAGCAACUGGUGUGGACACACCGAUAAAAGUGGGAGGCUUCUCAUGAGCUGCCUCAGCUCGAAUCAGAAGCCCUGAGCACAACGUAGAGGAAAAACCUCGAGCUUCUGGGACUUCAGGCAACAGAUUGCCCGCAGCUGCGGGGACCCGUCUGACUGCCUUCAGUCGUCAAUUCCUUCCCACGCACCCCUCCCGGCAGAGUGAGAACAGACUUUCUGGAAGGGAAUUUCGCUAGGAAAACUAAGAGAAGAUUAGCUUUUGCCCAAAUGCAGAGAGGUAGGUGGGUCGCCAGAGCACAUCCCCAGGGGUACGAGUCAGGACUCUGGGUGGCGAGGGACAGAUGCUGAUUCUUGCCCACUGAGAAGGGACCACCGAGGUGACAGACAAAGCUUAGUCCUCCGGGGAGCUCCAGGACACUGUGCCCAGGCUUGGGCAGGGUCAUCCCACCAGACCAGCUUCCCAACACGCCCAGGCCUCAUUGGGUGCCCCUGAGCCCGGCCUAGGGGCCCCAGGGCAGGGCUGUAACUGGCCUUCCUUGGGUCAGGUGCCCAUUCCUGGGGUGUGAGUGCCACUGACCUGUGAGGCUCUGUAGGAGAGAAGAGCCCGCACAGGAAGCAAAUUGUUCCCUGGGGGUGGGACAUCUUCCCUGAGGAAGGCACCUGUGUACAAAUCAAAGCUCCACGUUCCGUGAUAGCAGGAGAAAAACGCAUGCAGCUGUGUCAGUGUAUAAACAGGGAGUGUUUCAAUAAAGUCACUUCAUUCAUUUAAAAAAAGAAAGCCUCUGUGGGAUUGGAUGGGUCCUAGUCCCACCUUACCUGCCCCCUCUCUUCUCUCUGCCCUGAGCCCCCAGCCCUGAGGGGUCCAACCCACCAGUUCUUCAGAAGGACCCUCAUGAUUACAUCAGGCCCACCUCGAUAAUCUGGGAUGAUCCUCUCGUCUCAAAAUCCGCGGGUUAGCAAGCUUAAUUCCCCCCUGCUGGCUACCAUAACAUACUCCAGGGUGAGGACACGGACAGCUUCUACCCCGGGGUCCUACAGCUCGGCAGCGGCAGCGACUGUGAGCCCUGGUGUAGCUCCAGGCCCCUCCUAACUCCCUGGGCGUGUG